CGAAAAUCAGGCCACAUUAACCCUCCCCUUGGCUCUCGUUCAGUUCCAGUCCACCGGGCCGAUGCUCCAUCUUGAUCCCUUCUUUCUCUAAUCUCCCAUCCACCCACCCCUUUCCAGUUCUCGUCCAGUCCAUCCAGCCUUCACACUUCGUCUUCAACAACAACAAACAACACAAUGGCCAUCUUCGAGUACCUCCCCUCAGCCCUCUACGGCGUCCUCAACCGCAUCAGCAACACCACACAAGGCAACCAGCACACUCUGCAAACCAAGCAGGACGUGCCCAAAUCGCACAUCUCACCGCUCUGCCACCCCCGUGUGGAACUGGUAACCCAGGAAGUAGACGGCUACUUCCUCGAGCACUGGCCGUUUCCCAACGAGAAGGCCCGCAAGAAGUUUGUCAACGCGGGGUUUUCUCGUGUUACGUGCCUGUACUUCCCCAAGGCGCUGGAUGAUCGGAUACACUUUGCUUGUCGGUUGUUGACGGUGCUUUUUUUGAUUGAUGAUUUGCUCGAGUACAUGUCCCUCGAAGAAGGCGAGGCGUACAACGCGCGCCUGAUGCCCCUGAUGCGCGGCGAGCGGCUGCCCGACCGGAGCAUCCCCGUUGAGUACAUCACGUACGACCUGUGGGAGAGCAUGCGCGCGCACGACCGGGAGAUGGCCGAAGAUAUUGUCGAGCCGGUGAUUGUGUUUAUGAAGGCUCAGACGGAUAGUACCCGUAUGAAGCCGUUGGGGCUGGGCGAGUAUCUGGAGUACAGGGAGAGGGAUGUUGGCAAGGCACUUUUGGGUGCGCUAAUGCGCUUCUCCAUGGGCCUGCGCAUCUCCCCCUCGGAACUGGAAACCGCCCGCCCGGCCGACAUGACGUGCUCCAAGCAUUUGUCGGUCAUCAACGACAUCUGGAGCUACGACAAGGAACUGUUGACUUCUCAAACGGCGCAUGAAGAGGGUGGUGCGCUGUGCAACAUUGUGGCCAUCCUGGCCAAGGAGGCGGAGCUGUCCGUUCCCGCGGCGAAGCGGGUGCUGUACGGUAUGUGCCGUGAGUGGGAGGUUCGCUACCGCGAGGUGUCGGAGGAGGUCCUUGCGCGUUGUAAUACGCCGGCCAUGAGGGCGUAUCUGCAGGGCUUGGAGUUCCAGAUGAGUGGGAAUGAGCUGUGGAGUAGGACUACGUUGCGCUAUUUGGCGCCUUCGGAGUAGAUUUCAGGUAGAGAUGGGUGAUGGCGGUUUUUGUUGGCG